UCUCGGCACAGUGGCUGCUGUCAUGGCGGAGGCACGUCAACAGCGACAGCAGGACGACGCUGAGGUGGCGGAGACCCUGGCGGAGUACGCUGCCAGCGCGGAGCACGAGCCUCUAUCGGAGGGAGCAGAGCAGGCCAUCACACAUGUGGCUGGCUACCUCGCCCGCUCAGCGCUGAAGAGGAGACAGUGCCAUGCAUGCCACGCACUCUUGGUCAACAAGGAGCCGAGCCAGGUUCAAGAAGUACGAAUCGAUGCGGAAGACAGCCAACCAGAAACAGCACCCGAACUAACAGAAGCCGUGAAGACAUUCACUGAUCAUCUGAACCGGGGAGGCCUGCUCUGCCCUUCCGAGCUCACCGUGGACUUGUCGAUGAACAUCUGCCACGCUUAUAGGUCGCUGAUGCAGGAUGAGGCAUCGAGGCGCGCCCUUCUCGGCUGCUCCGAACCACGCUCCACGUUUGAGCACGUCUCCACCUCCAUCGCUCAGCAGGACAGCCGGCUGAUAAGCCUCCAGUGCGCCAGAGGCCACAGCUUUCUUCCAUUAUAUGGACAGAUGGCGCGCGCACUCUUCAAUGUCUUCACAUCCAACUACGCUACAGAAGUGAACAGUGCUGUUCACUCAAGUAAAAGGCGAUCUUCAAGUCCGGUAGUCAUGCGUCGACGUGAUCAGACUGAAAACAAAGUGAGAAAACUGAGCGGUGCAAAGUGACAGCAGUGAGUGUGUGGUGGUCGAGAGCGCCGUCGUUAUCGUACGCUUACGGAUGUGUGUGUGACAUUGUCCCGCCGUCAGCGGGCAGGUCCUGUGAUCAGCCGCUUCCCGCUCUUGACAGAAGUUGCAAGUAACGCACGUGACUCCCGUCGCCGCCGCCGCUACCGCGCGUUGGCUCUCCGUGCGGAUGCAUUCCAGCGCCCCACAUUCGCCGACUGCCGCGCGUCUGUCUUCAACGUUCGCCCCUGGCGAAGGACGUUCCUGGGUCGAGUCGCGAGAGCUGCGUGCCAUGCGAUGCAUCAAGGGGUGGUUAGAAAGGCGUUUUGUGAUGAGUGUAAUAGUGAAAUAUGUUGUCUACAGUCCCGAAGAGAUGUUCAUAUGUUACCCGUUGUUGUUAUAUGAUAUUUGUUUUCACGCCACCCCCCAAUAGCUGAAUGUCGCCAGAGGUCGCCUCUUAUAAGGCUUUGCCCGGAUGCAGAACAGAGACUGUCGCACGAGCGAACAGUCCUUUCGUGACCGAAACAGGACAUUCCGAGAAUAAAGCUCCUCAACAUUUA